AUGCGAUAUUCGUUUCUGUUACUAGUAUUAACUGUGAUUCUUGCACUAUUUGAUAAUGUGGAAGCAGCUACAAAGGCACCGAAACUCUCGAAGGCAACAAAGAAAACAGUCAAUAAAUUGGUCAAUUGUUUGACACCAGUAGACACAGUAUUGGCAGCAAAAACAGCCGAUUGCGAGGAUAGUGUUUGUGUGUCGAGUGCCAAGCAAUAUGCACAGAGAAGGUAUCCACAACAGUAUCAGAGUACUGUCGUACCGUGUUUAUCGUCAACGACUACACUGGCACCGGUGACGGAGAAAUUGGUGAAAAGUCACAGAGAGAAUGGAAAUAAGAAAAUGAAGAUUCAAGCGGAAUGA